UAUGAGAAACAGCACAGAUGAGGACUCUUUCACAUAACUUCAAUUUCACUCCACAAGAUUCUCUAUUUUACAAAACAUCCCCUUUUCUAACACUACCCUUCUUCAACGUUGGCCUUCCCAUUAACAACAACCAAAUCUUCUGCAAGAAAGCAAAAAACUUGAGGAUGGAUUCUUCUCAGGGGAUUUCAGCCUGUGCACAACAGAAGAUUGUGAUUCCGAACAGCCACAACGAGAAGCUUGUAGGUCUGCUUCAUGAUACUGGUUCUAAAGAAAUCGUUGUCUUGUGCCAUGGUUUUCGAUCUAACAAGAACAACCAAAUUAUGAAUAAUGUGGCUGCGGCUAUAGAGAAAGAAGGGAUUAGCGCUUAUCGUUUUGAUUUCUCUGGGAAUGGAGAGAGUGAGGGCAGUUUCUAUUAUGGUAAUUAUAGCCAUGAAGCUGAUGAUUUACAUUCGGUUAUCCAGUACUUCUCUAAAAUGAACCGUGUGGUUCCUAUUAUUCUCGGCCACAGUAAGGGAGGUGAUGUGGUCCUCCUCUAUGCUUCCAAGUAUCACGAUAUCCGCAAUGUAAUCAAUCUCUCGGGACGUUAUGAACUGAAAAAAGGCAUCAGAGAGCGUCUUGGGGAAGACUUUUUGGAAAAGAUUAAGCAACAAGGAUUCAUUGAUGUUGGAGAUGGAAAAUCUGGAUACCGUGUUACCGAGGAGAGCUUAACUGAAAGGUUAAACACUGACAUGCAUGAAGCUUGCCUCAAGAUUGACAAAGAAUGCAGGGUCUUGACGGUUCAUGGAUCGGGUGAUGAGGUAAUAUCCGUGGAAGAUGCGAAGGAGUUUGCGAAGAUCAUACCGAACCACAAGCUGGAGAUUGUGGAAGGAGCUAAUCAUUGUUUUACUGAGCAUCAGAGUCAAUUGGUUUCAACAGUUAUGGAGUUCAUAAAGACUGUUAUUGUGAAGAACAACUAGAAUUGAGUUACAUUUGCUUUCCUAACCAAUGCAAUCACGAACACAUUCACUUUUAAAAACAUGGAAGUUUGUAAUGCAUGUUGAAGUUACAUCAGCCUCAUAAAUAAAAUCAAACAAAGUUGUGAUAA